UUACUUACAAACGGAACGUGUUUUCCGCCAACGUGGUCAGAGAGAAUAUUGAAAAAGAAAUCCAACUACUAAAGAAAAAGAUCAAAAUUUCCCCUCUCCAUUUCUCAUCAACCUUUCCUUCCUUCAGGAAAGAGAAAGAAAAAAAAAUUUUAUUUUCAAUUUUUUCUUUCUCUUUCUCUUUCGCUCCACCCCACCAUCAUGUCGUUUCCUCCGGGAAGCCGACGCCGCUUUUCGGCGGCUCUUCCUUUGUUGUUUCUCUUGGCUCUGUCAUUUGCUGGUGCCGCCACCGCCGACGGUGCCUCCCAGGACGAUGGCCCCCAGUUACCUUCCUGUAACAAUCCGUUCAAAUUGGUUAAGGUGAAGGUCUGGGUUGACGGCGUUGAAGGCGAAGAUUUAGCUGGUUUAACUGCAAGCUUUGGAGCUUCAUUGCCUGAGGAGGCCAGCAAAAGUCCCAAAUUGCCUGCUGUUUUCUCAAAUCCCCUAAAUGGCUGUUCUAAAUCUUCUUCAGAGCUCUCUGGCUCUGUAGCCUUGUCUACACGUGGUGAUUGUGACUUCACAACUAAGGCAAAAGUUGCACAGUCAGGAGGUGCUGCAGCCUUGCUGGUGAUAAAUGACAAAGAAGAGCUUUACAAGAUGGUUUGUUCUGAGAACGAUACUUCUCUAAAUAUUUCGAUACCUGUUGUGAUGAUUCCAAAAUCAGCAGGAGAUGUGGUUAACAAAUCUAUGGCAGACAAACAUGUGGAAUUCUUAUUAUAUGCACCAACCCGUCCUGUUGUGGAUUUCUCGGUGUUAUUUUUGUGGGCAAUGGCUGUUGGCACAAUUGUCACUGCUUCACUUUGGCAAGAGUUUGGUACUUCUGAGCAUACUAAUGAACGCUAUAAUGAAUUAUCACCAAAGGAGUCUUCCAAUGCUGGAAUAAGCAAUGAUGAUGAAAAGGAAAUCCUUGAUAUCAGUGCAAAGGGUGCCGUAGUUUUUGUGAUAACAGCAUCCACUUUUCUGGUGCUACUCUACUUCUUCAUGUCCUCUUGGUUUGUCUGGUUGCUGAUUGUACUCUUCUGCUUAGGCGGUGUUCAGGGGAUGCAUAAUUGCAUUAUGACGCCGAUAUUAAGAAAAUGCAGGAAUUGUCCACAGAAGACACUGAAUUUGCCUCUUUUUGGGGAGGUUUCUAUCCUCUCACUUGUGGUUGCGCUAUUCUGUGUGACAUUCGCUGUUGUCUGGGCUGUCCAUAGGCAAGCAUCAUAUUCAUGGGUGGGCCAAGAUAUUCUUGGUAUCUGUUUGAUGAUAACAGUCUUGCAGUUGGCUCGACUGCCUAAUAUCAAGGUUGCUACAGUGCUUCUCUGUUGUGCAUUUGUCUAUGACAUCUUCUGGGUCUUCCUAUCACCACUUAUAUUCCAUCAGAGUGUGAUGAUUGCAGUUGCUCGAGGUGACAAUAGUGGUGGAGAAUCAAUUCCCAUGCUCUUGAGAGUUCCUAGAGUUUUUGAUCCAUGGGGUGGCUACGAUAUGAUUGGAUUUGGGGACAUUCUCUUUCCUGGUUUGCUUGUUGCAUUUGCUUUCAGAUAUGAUAAGGAAAACAAGAAGCAUCUGGCCAAUGGAUAUUUUGUGUGGUUGAUAAUUGGCUAUGGGUUUGGCCUCUUCUUUACAUACCUAGGGUUGUAUUUAAUGAAUGGGCACGGUCAACCUGCACUCCUCUAUCUCGUUCCUUGUACACUAGGAGUUGCUGUCAUAUUAGGUUUGGUGAGAGGAGAGCUGAAAGGACUCUGGAAUUACAGCCCUGAGUCAUCUUCCAUGACAAAUCCCUCUGGAGAAGCUUGAGGCAGGCAGUUCUUAUGAAAAUGGCAAUGAUCGUCAGAAGCUGAAGGUGUAAAGAGAGGGUUUGGUGUUAUUUGAGUACAGGGUUUAAGAAAAGGCAGGGUUUGAGUUUUUGGAGGCAACUUGCCAUUCAAACUUAUAUUCCUGUCUCUUCAAUUGUAUCUAUCUAUUGAUACCACGGCUCGAAGCCUAACACCCCCCAUUGCUGCUAAUGUUGUAAUAAUCUGGAAUGUUAUACAGACGUGUCAUUUUUUGCUUGUGCAAAAAUUGUAGGCAGGCAGAUACAACUUUCAACCUUUCAAGGUAAUUGUGUUGAUCUUAUUAUUCAUA